UAGCAAAGAGUUAAACAGCGACCCUGGAACAUGAAGGGCGAGCUGGGGAAAAGAGUACAGAAGCCAUUAGCGACGCCGACGGCUCAGACAUCUGCAAUCUUCAGCUAAAAUGCUCCCGCAGGCAGAGACUUCCACCAGUGUAUGGUUCCGGAAGAGAAAGAAACCAAACACCCCAGACGGAGGCGAGGCCGGGCAGCACAGAGCAUCGUGUCGAGGUGGGGUCCAAGGGACCGGUACCGGAGUACUGGCAGUCAUCCCGGGGAGCAGCAAGGGAGGGAGUUCACGGGGAGGGGCGCGGGUCCGGGCGGCCCAACCCGGCCUGGCGGAAGGCGCGCGAGUCCCGGUCCCGGUGGGGACUGUGGCCUGGGACGAAUUGCCUUCUGCCUGCGCCCGCGCUGAGAUCAGGACCCGCGGUCGCGGAGAGCAGCUGCAGCCCAACCCAGGUCAGAAGCACGGAAACCCGGCAUCAGCAAACCUACCUGCAAUGACUCGGUCCACUCGGAGCCGCCACAACCCGCAGCUUCCCGCGCGCUGCAGGCCACGCCUCCGGUUACGCCUCCUAGGGGCGGAGUUCCGGGGUGUCCCGCCUCCGCGUGGGCGGGGCUGUCACAAGACAGUCUCUGAAUGGAAGGGUCCAGGGCAUCCCUCCUCCCUGUGGGCAGCACUCUUCGAGCACCUUGGUUUCCGGUAGGCGGAGCUCUGGGCUCUUUUCUUUCUCGUGGGCGGGGCUGUCGCGGCCCGUGGGCUCCUGCUGGGCGGGACUGGGAAUCGCAUUCCCGCGCCUCGGAGGAGUCCAGGCUCGUCCAGCGUUGGCGCGCUAACCCCAGAUGCGAGACGUCCUACCUACCACGCGUCAGUGUCACAUGCUCAGCGGACAGAUCUUCCCGCCUGGAAUUUACGGUCUAGAAAGAAAAGCGGGGCUAGAGACGCAGGCAGCUGAUAGCAUGCUUAGCCAACAGCAGCGGUUCUGUCACCAGCCCCUGCCGGUGAUCUCAGGACUCCAGAGGACCUUAAGUGGAAGGUUAUCUAUCCUCAGCUCCAGAGAGUUCCAGGCCAGCCUGAACUACUUAAGACUAAACAAAAAAUAUAUAACAUUUCUUAUAGGGCAGAUGGGAAACUUUGGGACUCGUCUAAUAUAACCAAAUAAGAGUGACCCAGGCAGUGGAUAUUUGAGAGCUGUCUUGCCCCACCAAAUAUCUCAAAAUGGCUCUGGUGUUUCAAAAUGACAAUAAAAUAGCAAUGCCUUUGCCCUCUCUUAGCGAUGUGACAGACGCCUAGAAUGGUUGUUAUGAUGGUAAUCCCAACACUCUGGAGGUGGAAACGGGAAGAUGAUCAGUUCAAGGUCAACCUUAACUACACAAGCCAGUUUGAGGCCAGCCUGAUGAAUGUGUAGGAAUGUCCAUUCCAAUUAUGUAAUGAUUAAUUUAUCCACCAUGACCUUCUCAAUAAUGUCACA